ACAGAAGAAGACCGCGUCAUCGUCGUUCUUGCUAUAGUCUGGUUUUGCUACACACUACAUCUGUGACUAAAUGACGGAACGUAUUUCGAGUGGGUUUUCCAUAAUCUGAAAAACUAGAUUAGUCACCAUGACAACCAAGCGUGGACUGAUAACCGAUUCAUUCAAGGUGGUGAAGAGAGCAAAGAGGGGAGGGAAACGAGAGAAGGCACCUCCUUCUCCUCUGCCACAGAAAGACGCUGAAACAGUCAGAGAGGAGGACCUGCAGCAGCUCAUACAGUUUGAUCUGGACUGGAGAUUUGGGCCCUGCACAGGUAUCAGCAGGCUGCAGAGAUGGGAGAGAGCAAAGCAUCAUGGUCUGAACCCACCUGAGGAGAUCAGAGACCUUCUGCUGCAAACACAUGCUGACCCUAAGUACAAGCUGAGUCUCUGGAGUGAAUAUCCUUUGUGAGGAAGUCAUCAGAACAAUGAGAAGAGAAUACAGACCCCAACAAAAGUCAAUUUGUGUUUAUUUCUAAUGUAUAUUGACAUUUUGAAUUACAGUAUAUGCCCAAAUGACAAAUAGUACUCAGAGGGCGUUACAAUUUGUACAACAUUGACACUCAAAAACAGAGCAAAAAAUAUGUAAACAAAGGAACCAUAGAGGGAUCCCCCCUUAAGAAUGAAGACAUACGACUGACAGAAUAUCCAGUGUUUUUUCCUGCAGCUGUGUGAUGUGGUCUUCUGUGCACAAAAUGUUUUUAUAAUUUUUAAUUUAAAAAAUCAUUCUACCAAAACACUGCCCUG